CUCUAUUUCCUUCUUCUGGACUGGCUCUGAGAUGCAGAUGCUGUAGGGCCAGAGUAACAAGUGUUAUAUGCAAUUCUACGCACAUCUCCAGCCGUGGACAGGGUUGUUGACAUGGGGGUGGAGACCCCAUGGGAGGUAGCCGUUCCUCUCCCUCCUCACUCUUCCUUAUUCUUCCUCUUCCCCCUCUCUUCUUUCCUGUCCCGCCUCCUUGGAAACAUACACAGUCUUUCCAAAAUAUACAGCAAUGCCCUGCCACUUGUUCUAUCUUUGUGCAUCUGUUGCGCGCCGGUCUGGGAACUCUGGUUGCAAGAAGUAGCCCCGCCUCUCAACCAAGUCGUCACAAAUACUUCCUAUAAUCAUGACCCUUAUCCCAGACCGUCUCUUACCAUAGGUCUUGUCUUCUGGACGUCAAGCCUGCAUUGAUCCUUGGUUGCGACCUCCCGCUCC